AUCGGUAUAAGCUAUAGGUGGUGCUCUGUGUCCGUGGUUGUUUGGAAAACCAAUUGUUAUCACACAAAAGUCGGAUAUAAUACAAGUGUGGAGAUGCCAAGAUGCGUCGCUCUUGGAUGCUAAUCCAACAACGCGGAUCUUAAUCUUAGUGGCGACAUGGACGGCAUGUGAAAUCACCACAGCCUACUCUUUCUAUCACAGAGAAAAAUAUGCCGAAAUCGAAGCUCCUGAUCCAGUUGAAACUAUACUGAUGAAAGAAUGCGAAAACGAAUUAGACGAUAUGAGCUGUGUGAAAAAAUUGAUGAAAAGCAUGAAGAAUACACAAGAUCGGAAGACUGAUGAGUUUGUCAAUUACAUGGAGAAGAAGAUAGCUUCGCCUACAAAUACGCUAAAAUUACAUGGCAGCUCAAAAGUUAUUCCAGUCUACCAUACAGGAACGACAUCUUUUGAACAAUGCACCUGCGACAUGGACUUUCAACUUAUGGACCUUGGAAAAAUAUACUAUCCACGGUACUUAAAAACAGGAGUAUGCAAGCAGAACUCCUGCGCCGAGUUCCACAAAUGCGUAGAGAGAAAGUAUAAGGUAAGAGUCCUGAAACAAAGAGAAACAGAGGAUCCGGACAACACCUCCCUCCUCCCGAAAUCUUUGAGGGAAUACUGGGUCGCUGAAACCGUCACCGUUGCCGUGGCUUGCGAGUGCGCUCCUGAUAUUUGAUUUCUAAUCUCUGGACCUUUUCAUGGAAAUACGAUUGGAUGCUAUGGUUGAAAUAUAUAGAUUUGCUUAU